GUGUAGCGUUAAAGCGUGACUCGAUGAGUCCCGAAUCUGAAUUAUUAUUUGGAAUAUCAAAUAUAUUAGAUGAUAUACGCAAAAAAGCACAAAAAUCUAGUAAAUUAAAGUCUGAGUUAAAAGAAUAUACUUCAGGUGUUAAAGAAAUAUUAAAUAGUCGAACUGAACGACUUCAAUUGAAAAAUAAUCAAUUUAAACACUUUUUACCUGCAAGCGAAGAAGCCAUUGCAGAGAUAUUUGAAGUAAAUACG